AUGAUCAUUCGGGCCGAGAUCGCCGACUACGAUGUAGGUCGGGUGCUAAUCGACACCGGGAGUUUGGUGAACGUAAUUUUUGCCGAUGCUUUCAAGGGAUUGGGAAUUGCCGACAGCAUGGUCAAUCGACAAAUUACGCCCCUCCUCAGUUUUUCUGGGGAUCUGGUCCAACCGGUCGGUAGUAUCAGUCUGCCCAUCGCCUUCGAUCUCGCCCUCAGGAAAACAAUGACCUACGACCAGUUCCUCAUUGUCGACUCCCCAACGCUUGCAAGCCUCCAAUGGUUGAUCGUGCAAGAACUACCAAACGGUAGUGGGCCCAUUGAUGACCCCAGGGAGGAAACGUCAGCGCCGAUAGCACAGCCUGCCGAAGAGCUCGAGACCGUGGUCCUGAACGAGGAUUUUCCCGAUCGGUGGGUAAAAAUCGGCACCAGUCUAGAUCCUGAAAUCCGAAGACAGUUCAUCGACUUCUUACGGCAACAGGCGGAAGUCUUCGCCUGGUCUUAUGACGAUAUGCCCGGCAUAUCACCUGAUGUCAUUAGCCACAAGCUCAGCAUCUCCACCGCCCACAAACCGGUCAGACAGAAGCGCCGCUCAUAUGAUGCUGAACGGUAUCAGGCGAUGCGUGCCGAGGUUGACAAGCUCAAAGCCAUCGGCUUUAUCAGGGAAGCUACGUACCCUGUCUGGCUUGCCAACUCAGUCAUGGUUCGGAAGGCCAAAGAAGGAUGGCGGAUGUGUCAGGAUUAUACCGACCUGAAUAAGGCUUGUCCGAAGGACAAUUUCCCCUUGCCGAGAAUCAACCAGCUCGUCGACACUACCACUGGACACGAGCUGCUGAGCUUCAUGGACGCCUACUCAGGAUACAACCAGAUCUUUAUGGACCCUGCCAAUAGAGAGCAUAUGGUAUUCAUCACCGACCGCGGUUUGUACUGUUACAACGUCAUGCCCUUCGGCCUGAAAAACGCGGGAGCAACUUAUCAACGGCUCGUCAACCGGAUUUUUACUAAGCACAUCGGCGGCAUUAUGGAGGUAUAUGUCGAAGACAUGUUGGUGAAAAGCCGAACGGCAGGGGGGCAUCUGGAAAACCUAGCCCUCAUGUUCGGUAUACUAAAGGACUACCGAAUGAGGCUGAACCCAACAAAGUGCGCUUUCGAUGUAUCUUAUGUACUCCAAAAGCCAGAAACGUCGGGCCGAUUGGUCAAAUGGGCAAUCGAGUUGGGGGAGUUUGACAUACAGUUCAAGCCAAGGCCUGCAGAAAAAGGUCAGGUCAUCGCCGACUUCAUCUCCGAGCUCAUACUUGCACUAUCAGAAUCACCCUUUCCGAGCGCUAUCCUUACUGCGCCAGAGAGAACGGAUGCCGAGCGUUUUGACACUUCCGUUCCUCUCUGGAUUCUACACGUAGACGGCUCGGCAAACCAGCAAGGCUGUGGUGCCGGCUUGGUGUUAACCACUCCGAACGGUGGCAAAGUUGAGUAUGCCCUCCGAUUCAACUUCCGGACCUCCAAUAACGAGGCAGAGUAUGAGGCUCUCUUGGCCGGCCUUCGGCUAGCCAAGAGCAUGAGCGCAAAAUAG